GCGGGCCGUGAGCGCGCCACGUCAGCUCGGGAAGGAGGCGAGCGAUGGCGGCGCCGCGCGCGGUCUCGCUGCUGCUGCUGCUGCUCGUGCUGAGCGUGGAGCUCGCGGACGUCGCCGCCAUCUCAUUCUACCUGCCCGCCAACUCGCGCAAGUGCCUCAAGGAGGAGAUCCACAAGGACGUGCUCGUCACGGGCGAGUAUGACGUCUCGGAGCAGCCCAACGUCAAGGCCGACUUGAAGGUCACCGACUCUUCAGGGCACAUUCUUUACUCAAAAGAGGAUGCUUCCAAGGGAAAGUUUGCCUUUACAACUGACGAUUAUGACAUGUUUGAGAUCUGCUUUGAGAGCAAGCUUCCAAUGGGAAUUGGAAGAGUCCCUGAUCAGUUUGUGACACUCAACACCAAACAUGGGGUGGAGGCCAAGAACUAUGAGGAUAUUGCCAAGGCGGAGAAGCUCAAACCACUGGAGGUGGAGCUGCGGCGACUAGAGGAUCUGUCCGAGUCAAUUGUCAACGACUUUGCCUACAUGAAGGCUCGUGAGGAGGAGAUGAGGGACACAAACGAGUCGACCAACUCUCGCGUGCUGUACUUCAGCCUCUUCUCCAUGUGCUGUUUGGUGGGGCUCGCCACUUGGCAAGUGCUCUACCUGCGCCGCUUCUUCAAGGCCAAGAAACUCAUCGAGUAGUGCCCCCGACAGUUUUGGCGAAGUCCCACCACCCGUCGCCGCCACCUGUUGUAUUUAUUUGUGCCAGUUGUACCGGGAGGGGGGUAAUAUCGGUGGUCUCACUCGGGCAAGUGCUCAGAUGAAGAUGCGUCUUUUUGGUUUUCAAAUGGGUGGUUUGAUUUGUCUCCCUAGCUUAUUUGGCAAAACACUGGGUAUUUGUUUGAGCUUGUUUACCUUUCAGCUUGUGUUUGUACCGCGGUAGAUUGUGGCGCACACCCCGUCGAGUGUAUGCCCACUUUGUCAUGUCUGCUGUUAGAACUGCAUUUUGUUUUGCGUGUGCAAGGGUUAUGGGCCUACAGAGCAGUUUUUUUUCCUUCCAAGUUUUUUUUUCCUUCCGAGUUUUUUUUCCUUCCAAGAUUUUAAGUUCUACAAUUGUGGAAAGCAGUGCAAAAAUUGUACUCAUUGGAAUUUGAUUGCACCAGGCAAAUGUUUAUUAUUAAAAUGCAGCCAAAAUUCUAAAUCAACCCCUCGUCUAUAUUUUGUUGCUUAUGGAAUACAUUUUAGACUGCUGGGUUGAGAUCUCAUUAAGCAACCCUGAAACAAAAAAAAAUAACAAGUUUAAGCUUUUUACAAGUUGCUUGUACAGAGUUAUUUUAUAAGAAAUAAGUGAUUAUUUCCAGAGUUGUGGCACAGGUGUGAUCUUCAUUCUGAAAGUGCUGCAUGGAAAAAAGAAUGUUUUCCUAUGAAGGGGAUGAGAGUUGCAUUUGUAGCUUCAUCAAUGCAGGCUGGGUGAAUGAUAGAUGUACUUGAGAAAACGAUAAAUACUUCCAAGUGAU